AAUCGCGUUUUUCGAGGUAAACAUUUUCAGAAGCAAGCGUUUUUUAUGAUUCAAAGUGAAAAAUAUUAUUCAAAUCAAAGUGAAACGUGUAAAGCAUGAAUCCGGAGAACCAUUCGAGCCUGCAGGAUUCAAGCACAUCUGGAAUAUGUCGAGUGUGCAUGCUGAGCGACACGGCGGAGUCGCUGCUCUCCAUCGACGCUGAGUUGGAGCCGGGUGCUCCGAUUGUCGACGUAAUCGGUGAAUUGACCUCCAUCCAGAUACGUCUGAAGGAUGGCCUCCCGGAGGAGAUCUGCCCGGAGUGUGUGGAUGAGCUUAAGCAUUUUAUCGAGUUUAUCAGGAAGGUGCGAAGAUCCGAUCGGAAGUUGCGCCGGAUGUUCAAGGCCAAAGCGGAUAGUUCCGGCGAUAAAAGUGGAGCUUCUGAUGAUCUAAAAGUUAAAGUCGAAAUCGAGAAUUGGAAUUGUAAGGAAGAGCUUAUGGUAGAGGAUGCUACAGAAGAAGUACUGGAGGAAGUGAUUGUGGAAGAAGAAUACCUGGAGAUAGAGGAAGAUACGGUAUGGAAAAUUGAACAAUUCACGGCAGAAGAGCCAAAUCGAAGCGCUGAAAUGGGCGAGGAGAAUUCUGAACUUGAGUUCGUCGGGUUUGAUGAUAUGGAGCCGCAGCCCAAGGUGGUUGUCCCCGAUUUGACGACACGGAAGCAAAAACGAAAGCGGAUCUAUCACAGAUAUAACAGAAAUCCAGAGGACUAUAGCGUUCUGGACGAAAUGGAACAGAAAAUGUUCACGACGUUGGAAUUGGACGAAGGGGAUUUCCUGUGCUGCGCGUGUUACAAAAUUUUUCCAACCGAGGAUGAAUUGAAGGAUCAUUGUGAGGAGCAUAGCAAAAAGUCCAGGUUGAAUAUUAUGAGACCGCAUAUUUGUGAUAUCUGCUUUAAAAGGUACACAACUGCACAGGGUCUGGCGCUGCAUGUUAAGCAAUCGCGGAACGCCAGAAAGGUGUACGAGUGCAUUCGAUGCAAGUCUCGGUUUUUGAAUUCCAAGACACGGCGAGAACAUGCCCACAACCAUCCACAGAAGGAGGUAAUGCAAUCGGUAGUAAUAGCACCGAUAAGAAUUCAACCAAGCCAUCGCAAGGGAAGGAUUUGCUGUGCUCAAGGUUGCAAUGAAUCGUUCCCUACAGAUGAGGAGCUGAUCGAACAUGCUGUUGAGGCACAUCGCUUGAACAGGGUGGCCGCCACACUGCCGGAAUAUCAGAACAGACCGUUUGAGUGUCCGGUUUGCUACAAGAGGUUCUAUGAUCAAACUUCUAUGAUAUCACAUCAGAAACGAAAAUACAAAACACCACUCCGCCAGUGUUCGAUUUGUGGGGCAAAAGUUCAUGGAGCCGUGGCGUUGGCUUCGCACGAGCGAAUGCACACCGGUAUUAAACCGUUCCCGUGCGAUUCCUGUAGCAAAACGUUUGCCAGCACUGCUCUGCUGAAAGCACACUCCCUCGUUCACCGCAAAGACAAACUCUUCAUUUGUCUGGUCUGCGGUAAGGGUUUCAAUCGAAAGGCUACCCUGCAAAAGCACGAACUGAUCCAUUCGAAUUUGUCGGUGUUCGAGUGUGAAGUUUGCGCAAAACCAUUCCGAACUAAACCAAGAUUGGAGCUGCAUAUGAGAACUCACACCGGGUUCAAGCCGUACCAGUGCAGGUAUUGCGACAAGGCCUUUGCAGAUCACAGUAAUCGCCAGCGGCAUGAGAUGGGACAUACUGGAAUUAAGCCGCAUAAGUGUUCACAGUGCGAUAAAACCUUCAUCACGAAGCGUCUGCAGGCGGAACAUGAAAGGUCCAAUCAUUCCAUUGCGACGGUUUAUACCUGCACCACAUGUCCGGAGUGGUUCACCAACAGAGCCUCGCUGAAUGCGCAUAAGGCAAUGCACGAGGAUGAAGAUCAUUCGGCUGUGACCAUGCUAGACUAAUGCGUUCCCGUUUUUAGUAAUGUACAAUUUAAUAAUAGUUGAUAGAAACUAUAAAAAAGCCUUCUACAUAGUUAUAGAAAAAAGAGAAAACAGAAAACCUUAUACAUAUUGCAAAUUUAAUAAGGCCGAUACAAAUAUUUAAAAACAAUGUAUGUCUCCCUCCCUCGGAAACCAGCUGGACAUCAUUUUAAUUAAAUAUUUGUAACGGCUUAAUCAGGAAUGAAUGAACCAAUAUGCUGCCCCAUAUUUGCAUAAGCGUCCCAUGUCAGUUUGUUUUUCAACUUGAGUAAUAUGCCAUUGAAUUUUACAUGGAGAAAUACAAAAAAUUGUAAUGCAUUGAUGA